GGGAAAGUGGGCGCGAGCGUGCCGGAGGAGUUCGCUCGCGCCGCGGCUCAGGAACAAGGAACUAAGACGCUCAACUGCCCCGCAAAACCAGUGAACGUCAAAUUCAUCAUGUUUCUUUUGUCCUAACCCAAGAAACACCUGGAAUAUCUCGUCAGCUGAUUCCAUAUCAACCCAACACACCUCACUAUGCUCCUGUCCUCAUGCUAUUGACCUUUGACCUCUGACAGGGAUGGCGGACCGCUCGGUGGCUCCGGGUCAGACGUUCAUAGAGGUGGAAUACGACUAUGAGUACAAAUCCAAAGACCGUAUAAUCACCAUUAAACAGGGGGAAAAAUACCUGCUUGUGAAGAAGACCAAUGAAGACUGGUGGCAGGUGCGCAAAGACGAGGCCACUAAACCCUUCUACGUCCCAGCACAGUAUGUGCGGGAGGUGCGACGGGCUCUCAUGCCCCCUCCUAAACCCCUCAGUGCAGCAGGCCGAGGGGGGACCGGACCCAUUCGACCGUCUGGCCUGGACAUUCCGCAGCAAGAUGACAACAAAAAGAGCCCAUGUCCCUCACCCUGCGGCCCUGCUUUACUGCCACCCAGGGAUGACAGAGGCAGCCCGGGCAGCCCGACUGCACUCCUCCCCCCCACACAAACGAACACUUCACCUUGCACACUUCCACGUUCCAGAGCCGAGUCCCCAACUUGCAAAGAAGAGAUUCAUGAAGAGUUUGCUGGAGAAGGAGGCUGCUCGGAUAAAAACCGAAAUGAUUCAGAAUCCGGGGAUGAUCUCAGCAGCGGUUCAACUGAUAACCUACAGACUUUAGGUUCAGGGCAGGGCAGGCCUGACUCUCCUGUCUACACAAACCUGCAGGAGCUGAAGAUCUCUCAGUCCUCCACCCCUCCAUUGCCAUCUUCCUCUCCACUCCACACCAAUGGCGAGUGGGAAACUCACAAAGACCACAAUGGCAGACACUUCUACUACAACCGCAACACGCAGGAGAGGACCUGGAAACCCCCACGGGCACGGGACAGCCUCAACAGGAAAGAGGAAAAACAAGACAUGACUGACACUGAGGUUCUUUCGUCUGAGGAAAACUGUCUGAGCAGCCAAUCAGACAGCCAGUAUGGUUCGCCCCCUAGAGGCUGGUCUGAGGAAAUGGAUGAGCAUGGACACACUCUCUAUGUAUCUGACUAUACUAAUGAGAAGUGGUUGAAACACACAGACAAGCGAGGCCGGCUGUAUUACUACAGUGCAGAUGGCUCCAGAUCUGAGUGGGAGCUUCCUAAAAUUGGUCUCAAAUCACAGUCUAACCACACACCUCUGCUACCAGGAGAUGCACAGAAAACGCGUAGUCUUGACCGGAGACUACCCGAUUCCAUUCCUAUCAGGCCGAGGCACAGUAGUGUAUAUUUACACGAGUCCAAUGAGAAGUUAAAACAGAAAUCCGUCAAGGACCGGCGAACCUUACUCCCGCAACGCAAAAGCACCUUCCGCUCUCACCCUUAUUGGCUACAAGAUACCAAAACUGGCUCACCUGACUCUGACUCAUCCUGUCCCUCCUCUCCCAAACCCCCACUCUCUCCGUCGGAGAAAUGUGGCACUUUAAACAUGACUAAAAUCACUGAACAUGGAAAGAAGGUCCGGAAGAACUGGACCUCCUAUUGGACAGUUUUGCAGGGUUCUGCACUAUUAUUUAAUAAGGGUCAAGGGAGUGGUACUGGUUGGUUUGGAAGAGACCAGAAGCUGGAGUUCAGUGUGGAACUCAAAGGAGGUUCAGUGGACUGGGCAUCUAAAGACAAAUCAAGCAAGAAACACGUUCUAGAGCUGAAGACCCGACCGAACAUGGAGCUUCUCUUGCAGUCAGAUAACGAGAGCCUCAUCAAUGAGUGGCACAAGGCUUUGAGUGAUGCCAUACACACAUAUGUGUGGGAGUCUGACGAGGCCAUUGAAGAAGACAUGCCAGAAUCUCCUGAAAAUGAGAAACAUGACAAAGAAAAAGAGCAAAGAAACUCCAAGAAGGGCAGAGAUAUUAAGAAAUCUGUAAGCAUGGAUAAUGCAGAACAGAAGAAGAAGACCAAGCUGAUGAAGCUCCUCACAGGCAGACCCACUUUACAGGCCGUCAAAGACAAGGGCUACAUUAAAGAUCAGGUGUUUGGCUCCAGUUUGAGCAGUCUUUGUCAGAGAGAGAGUACCACCAUCCCUCACUUUGUCUCGAUGUGCAUUGACCAGGUGGAGAAAAAUGGGUUAGGUGUGGAUGGUUUGUACAGAGUCAGUGGAAAUUUGGCCAUUAUACAAAAACUGAGAUUUGCUGUUAACCACGAUGAGAAAGUGGAUUUAGGGGACAGUAAAUGGGAGGACAUUCACGUGACCACUGGAGCUCUGAAGAUGUUUUUCCGUGAGCUACCAGAACCGCUAUUCCCCUAUGCUUUCUUCAACAACUUCAUCUCCGCAAUCAAAAUGUCGGAUUAUAAGCAGAAAGUUCAGGCGGUUAAGGAUCUGAUGAAGCAGCUGCCACGGCCCAACCACGACACCAUACAAGCGCUCUUCAGACACCUGAAGAAAGUGAUCCAGCAUGUUGACGAGAACAGGAUGACCACACAGAGCGUAGCUAUUGUGUUCGGCCCGACGCUCCUACGCCCAGAGGUAGAGACGGCAAAUAUGGCCGUGCACAUGGUCUACCAGAAUCAGAUCGUGGAGCUCAUUCUUAUAGAAUGUGAGACAAUAUUCGGCAGGUAGGUCACACGCACAGGAACCUCUUGACCAAAGCCGACGGAACAGUCACUGGUGAAGACCGAACAGCCGAAUGACUGCCAGUCUGAACACUGAACAUACCUUUGGUACGUUUACAGAAGAACACCCGUAUUAAAAAAGAAAAACACCACUCUGGCUUCAACAUAAACAGUCAAAUCCUUUCUCAUAGUUUUUUUAUUUUUACAUACCCAAAUCCAGACUGUCAUUUGUGGAUUAAUUUGGAGUAACAAGGGCUUGAAAUAUGAACAUUUUCUGACUGAAAACCGUGUUGCGUAUUGGAGAAAUCUGAUGCUUCAUUUUAGUUUUCCGUUCACUACAAAUACUGCAUUUUGCGUCACGUCUUUCCGUGGUGAUACUGUAAUAUGGUUUGGAACAACGCAUCAACGGACUGAUAUAAGACAUGGAUUUUUAUUCUUUCCUAAAAACUCAUUUCCAUGGGAAUGGAUUGCAUUCUGUUCUGGCCUGCUGGAAUUAACCCCUGAGAUGACCACUGCUGGGAAACACUGGAGUUAUUGUGUAGACUCUGACAAUUUGGAUACAUAAUCUUUUGUUUGAGUCUCGGUCUCAAUUUCCUGAAUAUCAAUCCACUAUCAAAGUAUGUACAAUAUCUUGCACUGAAAAUAUACGUCAGGUAUAUUUCAAGCUGUGUGAGUGCAUUUUUCCCUUUCAGUCAUUAGACACUGAAAUAAAUUGUGCGCAGGACACAUUUAACCCUUUGAGGAUAUUAGACUACUGUUCCUGACCCCAGUCAAGCAUUGAAAACUCCCACAGUCUAUUUAAUAUAUGAGUACAGUAUGCUGUAGACAAAAUAACAUGUGAAGAUCUUGUAUUAGAGAGAGGGGAGAAGAUGUGAGUGGGUAAAACUUGAUCGCUCUUUCUAAAGAUGUCUGAUGGACAUACUAUGUGUGUGAUGAGUAAAAAGAGAACAUUGAGUUUAGGACACCACAGUUGUAUUAAUAUAGAGACAGGUUUGUUAAAAUGUUGUAAUAAGAAUUAAUUCAGAUAUGGUUAUUUGGUUAAUGGCUGUUGAAUGUAAUUCGUCAAAUGUUCUGCUGUAGAAGCAGAGCUUUGUCUUGAUCAAAAUAAAAUUGACAAGGCAAAUCAGUCCAGUCACCUUAUUUAGUGUUGCUAUUCCCAUCCACCAGGGGGCAGCAAACAUCACAAUAACAUUGGUUUUGUUUUUAUGCUGCUCUAACAAGUUCUCAAAUGUGACCCUGGACCACAAAACCAGUCAUAAGGGUCCAUUUUUUUAAAUUGAGAUUUAUACACCACCUGAAAGCUGAAUAAAUAAGCUUUCCAUUUAUGUUAGGAUACGACAGUAUUUGGGCGAGAUACAACUAUUUGAAAAUCUGGAAUCUGAGGGUGCAAAAAAAUUUUAAAUAGAGAAAAUCACCUGUAAAGCUGUCCAAAUGAAGUUCUUAGCAAUGCAUGAUACUAAUCAAAAAUUAGGUUUUGAUAUGUUUGAUCUUUAUUUUUUUGGCAUUUUGUUGGCAAUCCACUUUUUUGGAUUUUUGGCAUAAGAGAAAAAUCUUUCAUUUUGACCCAUACAAUGUAUUUUUGGCUAAUGCUACAAAUAAACCAGUGCGACUCAUGA